AUGGCGGAUUAUACCCACUCCGAUUCUUCAGAAACCCGGUUCACAAAUGACCCCAAAAUCCAUAUAGAUUACCCUGUGCCACUUUCCCCACCAUUGCCAUCCGUAUCCAAGGACAUAGAGCUGAGCAGAGCCAUGUCAGCGUCUUCGAAGUCGGGUCUCUUUUCUGUCUCUAGAAGUGAUGUGCUCUUCGAAGACCAGUGGCUCAUCGCUGUGAAUAAGCCUCAAGGGGUUUACUGUGAGAGUGUCUUAUCUUCUGUCCCCAGUCUACUCAACGUUCCCACCGAUUCAGACACACUUGGAAAAUGCUGCUUGUUUGUUGUUUUAAAUGCUAGGGUUGAGUGGUUGAUCAUUGAUGACGGAGAUGAGAUUUGGCUAGAGUAG